AUGGACUCUGGAACCGGAGAUUCAUCUAUUUCAGCACAUCAAUGUGUCCGUUUUUCUCUAGCAGAUAUUCAGUCUGCAACUAAUAACUUUGAUGAUGUGCUAAUCAUUGGACAUGGAGGAUUCGGAAAGGUGUACAAAGGUUGUUUUCAUACAGAUGAAACUAGUCAGGUAGUGGCGGUCAAACGGCUGGAUCCUAUGUCCAAUCAUGGGGCACGAGAAUUUAGGGCUGAAAUCGAGAUGCUCUCUAAGUUGCGUCACCGUCACUUGGUGUCUCUUAUCGGUUUUUGUGAUGAUAACAAGGAGAUGAUCCUUGUUUAUGAGUAUAUUCCACUUGGCACCCUAUACGAACAUCUACACCUAGCUUAUACUCCUUUAAGUUGGGUGGAACGUGCCAAGAUAGCAAUAGGUGCUGCACGUGGGUUGGACUACCUUCACACAGGCACCCUACAAGGAGUCAUACACCGUGACGUAAAGAGUUCAAACAUUCUUAUAGAUGAAAACUGGGCGGCUAGGAUUUCAGAUUUUGGGCUGUCCAAAAUAGGCCCAACCAAUCAGUCGAUUUCUUAUGUUGAUGCGAGUGUCAAAGGUACAUUCGGGUAUCUUGAUCUAGAGUAUUUCUAUAUUGAAAAAUAACAAGGAAGACAAAUGUGUAUGC